AUGAACGGUGACCCCCUCGAUCGUCUCCGAUUGACCCCUCAAUCGGCACUCGACCACCAUAAUAAGCCAGGUGACCCCUCAAUCGUCUCCGGUUUACACAUGUUCUAUUUUAGGGCUUUUGAAGAGGAACCCGGGUGCCCUUCAGCCUCACCAUUUUCUUCACUGUUUCUCUGUGAAAAAUCGUCGUCUUCAUGGGAUGCCAAUUAUUUGGGUCCGGCUAAAACUUUUCGGAUCACCGACAUCACCUUCAAAUUAGAGGGAAAUGGAACUGAAAGAUCAUUUGAACAAGUUCAAAGUCAGCUCAGUUCCGAUGUUGUACUACAUACCCGACUUCAUCUCCGAUUCCGAUCAAAAACUACUCCUAAAUCAGAUUUACACAGCUCUGGUUUCAAAAUGGAAGUCUCUGAAAAACAGGAGAUUGCAAAAUUAGGGUAUGACAUUGUUGUUAUCUACGAACUUGUCAAUUUGGAGGAGGGAUUGUCCAUGAAAAAGGUCCUUUGCCUCAAGAUUCCCCACCAAGAUGGGUCCACAUAUUUUCCGGUGGUGGCUAUUCUUUCAUUAGGAUCACCUGUUGUCAUGUACUUCACUCCUCGUUCAACUUUAGCAGACACUACAAGCAACAUUCAAGAAACCAGUCAUGGGAAUUUACAAAACUACCCUCCUUUCUCUAUUGCACUGAUGCCACGCAGUUUAUUGGUAUUCAAAGAUACAACAUACUCAGGUCAUGGGUGUACUUGGAUACCAGUUAUAGAGAAUUUUACAGUUCACCAUGUCCAUCGCUAUCACCUCCAUGAGACAGACUCAAUUUUAUCAUCUGUCUUAUUGUGUUCUUUUCAUUUAAAUCUAUCUGCUAUAAAAUUCAUGAUUUGUAGGAUUUAAAGAAUUUUAAUGGGUUUCAAAAAAAGAAUAUCUCAAUUACAAAAAAUAGAUGGUGGUUAAAGGUAUGUAUAGUCUCUUAACAUAGGAUUCAUAUAAAUAUGAUGUCUUUUGCCUUUAUUCAAGUUUUGGGUUUGAUGUAUAGUUCAAAUUCCUCAUUUACUGUCUUUCACA